AUGUCAUUUUCUUCAUUACCUAUAAUUGAUCUUAAAGCAGAUGAAUCAAUCAUUAUACAAGCAAUGUUAAAUGCUUGUUCUACAACUGGUUUUUUCUAUCUUCGUAAUCAUAAUCUUCUCGAUGCUCAAGAACAUAUGUUUAAACUUGCAAAAGAAUUCUUUCGUCUACCAUCGAACAUAAAAGAACAAUAUGGUAUAACAGAAGAAAAUUAUGGUUAUGUUCGACGUGGACAAGAAAAUCUUGCUGGAAAUGAAACAAAAUCCAUUGAUGAAAAAGAAGCAUUUAAUAUAAGAAAUUUAGUUCAACCUAAUGAAUUACCUUCAUUAAUGGCUCAGUCAGAUAAUUAUGAAAUUAUUACUAAAUUUCAAAAUGAUUGUUAUGAUUUAUGUAUGAAAUUAUUAACAUAUCUUGCUCAAAGUUUUGAUAUUGAUUCAGAUUAUUUUACAUCAAAACAUAAACGAGAACUUAAAUCAGCGGGUACACUUCGACUUCUUCAUUAUCCUGCUGUAAAAAAUUAUUCCGAUGAAUCUAUUCGUGCUGGUGCUCAUUCUGAUUAUGGUUCAUUAACUCUUCUUUUUCAACAUUUACAUCAAUCAGGUCUUGAAGUACUUGAUCGUUCAACAAAUACUUGGUAUCCUGUUGAACCAUAUGAUGAUAUGAUUGUUGUUAAUUUUGGUGAUGUUUUUGAAUAUUGGUCAAAAGGUUUCAUUAAAAGUACUGUUCAUCGUGUUACCAUGCCAAUAAUUGAUUCAACUAAAGAAAAUGAACGAUUUUCCAUAGCAUAUUUUUGUCAUCCAAAUGAUUCAGCAUUAUUAACACCAGUUCCAUCGAAAUUAAUUCUUGAUCGAGAAUUUGAAAAAGAUGAACAUGCAAAACUUGCACUUCAGGAUAAUAAUCAAAAUACAUUAACAGCUGGUGAACAUUUUCAAAUGCGAAUCAAUAAAACAUAUACAUAUUAG